AGCUCCUACGGGGAGACUUCUUUUGUUAGCAGUUAUUCUCAUUCUCACUGCACAUCUGCUGCGAGCAACAUGACCGAAGAGCAGGAGAUCAUGUGCAAAUUGGAAAGCAUUAAGGAAAUAAGGGCUAAGACAGUGCAAAUGGAAAAAAUUAAAGCUCGGUUGAAAGCUGAGUUUGACGCACUGGAGUCUGAAGAAAGGCACUUGAAGGACUAUAAGCAUGAAAUGGAUCUCUUGCUGCAGGAGAAGAUGGCUCAUGUCGAGGAACUCCGACUGAUCCAUGCAGAUAUCAAUGUGAUGGAAAAUACAAUAAAACAAUCUGAAAAUGACUUGAACAAACUUCUUGAAUCUACACGGCGUCUGCAUGAGGAAUACAAGCCCCUUAAAGAACACGUGGAUGCCUUGAGAAUGACUCUAGGUCUGCAGCGAUUACCAGACUUGUGUGAAGAAGAAGAAAAACUUUCUCUUGAUUACUUUGAGAAGCAGAAAGCAGAAUGGCAGACAGAGCCUCAGGAGCCACCGAUACCAGAGUCACUCGCAGCAGCUGCAGCCGCUGCCCAGCAGCUACAGGUGGCCAGGAAACAGGACGCACGGCAAACAGCCACAUUCCGGCAGCAACCCCCUCCCAUGAAGGCUUGCUUGUCUUGUCAUCAGCAAAUCCAUCGGAAUGCUCCUAUCUGCCCUCUUUGCAAAGCAAAAAGCCGGUCUCGUAAUCCUAAGAAACCCAAGAGAAAACAAGACGAAUAAAAACUUGAUAGAAAUGUGCACAAAAUGACUUAAGUUUAAAUGUGGCAAUGUUACUUGUGGAAACUAAAGUGUUAUUACGUAGUUAUUUUAUAUUCUCAUGUGUUGUAAGCACAAGUUGUAUUUUAAUUUUUAGAAAAUGAAUCUUAUGCCAGUGCAACUUAUCUAUAAAAUGUGUUUCAAAUAGUGUGGAAUAGAAUUUCAGAUUGUUUAAAUAUGAACUCAUAGAUAUUUAAUUGACAAAAGAAAAAGUAUUGAAAGUAGUGUAUGGUAAAAUAGUCAGCCUGACAUAUUAGAAAAAUGGUACACCUGGUUAUGUUUAGCUUGUAGAUUUUAAUCCUAUCACGAUUAAAUGUUUGUCUAAAUAGAGUAAGUCAGUUAAAUUAAUCAUAUUGAUAGCUGUGUUUUACUUAUCACUUUUUUGGGGAAGGAAAAGUAUUUGUUGCUACAAACAAAUCAUAAGCUAUUUUGAUAUGUUUGUUCCUCAUGGGGUACACCUCCAUGAAUGAUAGUGUUGCCUCUUGCCAAAUGAAGUAGUGGGUACUAUCAGACUAUUUGAUGUGGCAUUGUCAUGGUUGAAUUGGUUUCUAUUCAGAUGAUUACUUUGCUGGAUGUAGGAUUGUCAGUGCUUUCUCCAUUCCUUAGCCGUGGAAUGGUGAGGCCAGCUAGCACCCUCUGAGGUAAGAGAUCGUCCCAUAGAUGAGAACCAAACCUCAAGCAGUUCCAGUUAUAGAUGCAUCUUCCCUAAUGGUGGGGUUCAUGAAGCACCAGCAGGAAGAUACAGCAGGAAAUGUUUCCCCGUGUUCACCAGGUGAGACCGUGUGCUCUGAAUAAUGGCUAGGAACUAGCACAUACUGACUACUGCACAAAUUGAACUCUCUUAUUAAGCUUAUUAUUUUGUCUUGUGGUGCUAAACUUUGAACUUGCGCAAUGCCAUGUUACCCGAUGAUUGCUUAAAAUAUUUUUUUUUAAUAUUAAUGUGACCAGUUGUGGUGCAAAGAUUAAUCACGCACUUUUGUCAAAUAAUGUGGGUCUAAUCUAGUAGGAGUGUGAUCCAUCAAGUUAAGUAUGAUGCUCUGCUAAGGGGCUGUCUAUUGUUGAGUCUUCAGGUGGCUGUAGAGGCCAGUCUAGGAUCCACAUAUUCUGAUACAGUGUGAGGAAGGUUAAGUGGUGGCUGUGGUUAGUGGUUGGGUCUUUUGGUUACUCAGUCUCUCCAUUCACAGCUGCUGCUUGUUCUGUGCGACGCAACAUUGGUCGUUCUCUGUAGCACAGCUCCCUCUUAAACAGAUUUCCUCCAGGUGUAUCUAUUGAGUGCAACAUUUUCCCAGUUUUCAGAUGUAAUGUUGAGUUUCUUCAGGCUGAUUUUGAUAGAAUUGAAUUUAUUUAAAUCUUACAUCCAUCCCACAACAUGAGGGAGUAAAAAUCUUUCCGUUACGACUCCAUUGCAAUGUACAGACAAGUGAAUUUAAAAGUCUGAUGGCUUGUAGAAGGAAGCUGUCCCAUAGCCUGUUAGUUCUGGAUUUAAUGCUGUGGUAGUAUUUGCCGGACAGAAGCAGCUGAAGCAGUUUAUGGUUGGGGUAACUGGUGUCCCUGAUGAUCUUGCAGGCUGGGCUGUCCGUACUACUUUCUGCAUGCAGGGCCCAGCAAUCGAGGUCGGUGCAUUUCCCAGACCAGAUGGUGAUACAACCAGUCAGGAUGCUCUCAAUGGUGCUCCUGUAGAAGGUCUUGAGGAUUUGUUGGCCCAUGCCGAACUGGAUUGUUUCCUUUGUUUUCACCAGGGGCUUGCUGACUUUCCUUCAACUGGGAGAUUGGGAAGAUGUGAGUUGGACAUCCGAAUGACAUGGAGAUGUUCUUUGUGUUGACCUCCUCCAGUACGCUGGUGUUAGUGUGUCUAUCCUUCCAGCUGAUCUUCCAAGUCCUUUGUGAGGAUUUUUGGUGGUAAUUUUUCCAGGGCUUUCAGGUACUACUGUAGGGUCUAAUCUAGACCAUGCAGUUAAGCAUAUUAUCAAAGCUGUGAAAGAUGUCAUCUUAAAGUUGAGAUGUAGGAUUAGGAUGAUGCGAAAAUCCCAGGAAAGAUCAUCAUUUGCUGAAAGGUCACUUACUCCCCAUUGUUUUUUGUAGGUAUCUGUAGUGUGAAAGUUAAUGUUACAUUUUAUAGGUUCCAAUAGUGGUUUUAUUUCCAAGAGUUUUAUUUUCUGUGAAACAUUUGAGGAUAUCCUGAACCCAUGAAAGUGCUUUAUUGAAAAUGUAUUCUUGAUUCAUAUUUUAAAUGCAAGUAGGAAAUUAUGAUAUGAAUACCCAAUUUAUAAUCAUACUGCACAGCAUAAUUUCUAGGCUAUUCCGUGAAACCAAAUAGAUUCAGAACAUAAAAAAUUAUUCCAAAGUUUGUAAUUGCAAUGUGCCUUUUUAUCACAGAGAAACACUAAUGUUUAUCUGUAUUUUCAAGGCAUUUAUCCAAAUUCCAUAUUGAAAGCUCACUUGUAAAUAUUUUGUGGUUCAAAAUUGUUUUUUUAACUAAAUAAAACCCAGAAGAUUCAAUUAUAUGGAUUCAGUUCAUUGCUCUUUUAAUUGUGCUAUGCUUUAUUGUACAAGAUAGGAAUCUAGUAGUCAAUUCUAGAAUUAUUAUUUAGGACAAGAAAUCUAUAUCACAAGUUUUGGUAAACAUAUCACACCACCUUUUCCGAUCCAUAGAAACAGUUCCAAGCCUUGUGCGAAUCAAAGAGGCCACUGAUGGUCAGUUCGUUCAUGCCCAGCACAACAAUGCCAGAAUGCCUUGAAAGAAUGAGUUGUACAUCAUGGAAGUGGGCUAUUUGGUCGACCACAGCCAUGCUGACCAGUGAUCCACUUGAAUUAACCUUAUCUUCCAGCACUUGACUAACAGCCUUCUACAGAUAUGCAGUUUGCAUGUUCAUCUAGACUCUUCCACCACUCUCCAAGGCAGUGUGUUUCAGAUACCUGCCAUUCCCUUCUAAAUCUCUUCCCCUUACCCAAAGUCUAAGUACCUUGCUUUAUCUUAUUUUUAAUAUAUACUUCACCUUGCUUUAUCUUAUUUUUAAUAUAUACUUCAGUUCCUUCCCAAUGGAAAACGGACUUAGCCCUCGUUGUAAAGAAACACUCAAUUCCUAGUCUAUCCCCAAUCCAAUUUCAUCUUUCCUAUAGUGAAAAGCUUUAAAUAGUUUUAAAUCUACUAGCAAUUACUCAAAUAAUCAUGCAGUCUAUUCAAUAAAAGAUCUUGAUGCCAUUCAGAUAUGGACUGAUAAUUGGCAAGUCGGAGUCUAACCACCUGAUGUGUAAUGUCAUUGCUUAGUCCCCACUGUCGAUAUCCUGGGGUUAUCAGCCACAUAAACAGAAUGGUUACAGGAGCAGGUGUGGCAAAUGACUUGCCUCCCCAAUAUCUCGAGGUUUUGCCAUCUUCUACAAGACACAAGUCAGGAGUGAGAAUGUAUUGCUCAUUUGGAUGAGUGCAGGCCAAGAAGAUAUCGAGGCAAAGCAGCCUGAUUGGCAUCUUCUCCUUGGUUGUUUGCAGUUACAGUAUGAACUACUUGUGCAUUACAUUUAGCAAUUCACUAAAACUUCUUUAACAGUUGUUCAUACAUAGAACAUAGAAUAUAGAAAUCUACAGCACAUUACGGGCCUUUCGGCCCACAAUGUUGGACUGACCAGGUAGCCUACUCUAGAAACUGCCUAGGAUUUCUCCACUGCAUAACCCUUCAUUUUUCUAAGCUCCACGUACCCAUCUAAGAGUCUCUUAAAAGACCCUAUUGUCUCCACCUCCACCACUGUUGCUGGCAGUGCAUUCCAUGCACCCCCCACUCCAUGUGAAAAACUUAGCCCUGACGUCCCCUUCAUACCUAUGUAACUGGGUCUUGGUUACACUGUCUGCUGAGGUGUCUAAAAUGGCUUCUUUGUAUGUUAUAUAAAAUGGCUUUUCUGUAAUAAUAACUGCAAUGUAAGGAGUUCCGUCUCUCCCUGCUUGUUUGGGUUAUAUUAUUGAUAAGGGAGAGAACGAACCAAUGAGUGUCCAUGUUAUUCUUUUUGUGGGUGAUAUUCUAUCUCAUAUGGCUGGGGACCGUGUUGUUUGGCGGGUUUUUCAGGCGGAGAAGACGGAGGAAGGUUGCAUUCGGAAGCGCCCUGGUCGACCACCCGAGGAGUGGUCCCGUGCGGGUCGUCGGAGGCCGAGGACAGAGGGUUGAGGUUCUGCGGGAUAUUGAGCUCCAAUGAAACCUUAAGUGCACUGACUUUUAAAACUCUAUUCGAUCUUUGGCGCCUUUCUUUCUUUUAUUCUUUCAGAGUGUAUUCUUUGUUAACAGAUAUUUGCAGUAAGAUUUAUAAAGUGUACGUAUUUAACGGCUUAUGGUAUUCUGUCUGAUCUGUGAAUGGGC